AGGCAUGAACCAACGAGAAGAAAGUCAUCCCAAUUAUAUUUACUCCUCAUGUGUUAAGUUUUUCAACUUAAUCACAGCUGCCUUGAACGUGAUCAAUGGUUCUCCGCGAAGCACAAUUUGGAGCAUAGAUAAAAUCCUCGACGAGAAAAGGCGACAUAUAUGGGCUACUCAGGUCAUGAAUCAAUUGGUUAAGCAUAGUAAUUUAUACAAGAAAGUCAUACAAAGUACUGGAGAAACUCCAGACGACAAAGAUAAAUUUGGAGAUGUUCCUGAUCCUACCAAAGUGGAUCCGGAGCAGCCAAGUCAUACAGAGAAGAAAGACGAUACGGAAGAUAAGAAGAAUGACAAAUUGGAAGAGAAGAAGAACGACAAAGACAAUAAAUUGGAAGAUAAGAAGACACCAAUAUUAAUUGCAGCAAAGAUGGGAGUGAGUGAAAUGGUGGAAACAAUCCUAGACAAAUUUCCAGUGGCUAUUGAGGAUGUGGACUCAGAAAACAAGAAUGUUGCACUGUUGGCAGUCGAGAACAGGCAACCCCAUGUUUACAGUUUACUAGUGGACAGGAAGAAACAAAUCACAAGAUUGUUACGUCGGGUGGACAACAAUGGUAACAAUGCAUUGCAUCUUGCUGCUAAAUGUGGAAGUCAUCGGCCAUGGCUUACUCCUGGUACCGUACUACAAAUGCAGUGGGAACUCAAGUGGUACAUGUUUGUCAAAGAGUCCCUGCCACCUCGUUCAUCUGUUCGCUACAACAAAGAAGGUCAGAUACCACAGGAGAUCUUCACAACUUCACACAAAGAUCUUCGAAAAGAAGGCAGUGAUUGGCUCGUCAAAACCUCCGAAUCAUGCUCUGUGGUUGCUGCGCUCAUUGCAACAGUUGCCUUCGCAACAUCAGCAUCUGUACCGGGCGGACUCGAUGAUAAAACUGGUUCACCGGUUUUCAAAGACAAGCCGGCAUUCAAUGCCUUCACCAUCUCAUCACUGCUUGCUCUCUGCUUGUCAGUAACUGCCCUGGUCUUCUUUCUAACCAUUAUUACGUCUCGAUACGAAGCGCGUGAUUUUUCCAUCAGCUUGCCCCGGAAACUUUUGCUGGGUUUAACAUCACUCUUCGCAUCCAUAGCUGCCGUGUUAGUCUCAUUCUGUACUGGCCAUAUUUUUCUCCUUGAUCGACACCUCAGACAUGUGGCAUAUCCAUUAUAUGCAGCGACUUGCUUGCCGGUUACCAUUUUUGCUCUUGCCCAGUUGUCCCUCUACUAUGAUCUCAUAAGGGUCAUCUUCAGAAAGGUUCCACAGCGCAGCUACAAGGAAUAUAGACACUAA